AUGGGCACAAAUAGGAAGAUGGUUGAGGAUUUUAAAAAGGCCAUGAUGAAAGAAUUUGAGAUGACUGAUUUGGGUUUGAUGAAAUACUUUCUUGGUUUUCAAGUGCGACAAUCUACAGGUGAAGUUUUUAUUUGCCAAGAAAAGUACAUUGAAGAUUUGCUUAAAAAAUUUCACAUGGUAGCAUGUAAACCAGUGUCCACACCUAUGUCUUCUAAUGAGAAAUUGCAGCAAGAAGAUGCAGUGGAAAAGGUAGAUGCAAAGACAUAUCGAAGCCUUGUUGGUUCUUUGAUUUAUCUCACAAAUACAAGGCUAGAUAUUGUUCAUUCAGUCAGCCUUAUAUCAAGGUUUAUGAAUCAGCCUAGCAAGCUACAUUAUGUAGCAGCAAAAAGAAUUCUUCGCUACCUACAAGGCACCAAGAAGCUAGGCAUUUUGUACAAAAAGGAGAAUGGCAACAAUCUUGUUGGUUUCACUGACAGUGAUUGGGCUGGAUCACUUGAUGACAGAAAAAGCACGUGUGGCUACAUCUUUUGCUUGGGAUCAAAUGUGAUUGCUUAG